GGCCGCUUUAAAUUUGAUCAGACACAGAAGUGCUGCUAACGUAUAUCGAUUGGAAGACGCCAACGUAUCGAUAAUUGUGGUUACACAUAUCGAGGUUAUAAUUAGUGAUCAUAUUACUUCGGGAUCUUUGUAAUUAGUUUGCGAACCGAGAUCGAUGUUAUUCUCAAUCUGUGCUUGGUUUCAAUUUGUCGUGGCGUAUCGAUUCGAAAUUCCCUAUGUACGGUGAAUUGUUAUCGUUAAGAGCCCCUAGCAAGCAGGCUCGAGAGUUGCAGUCGCGUACCAACCCCCGUUCAGUCGAUAUCUGGCGCGCGUCGCGUGUGUCACGCAGUUACAGCGGAGGCGGUGUCUGCGCCGUUCGUCGUUAGUUUCUCUUGCUGAUAAUUCGAACGGAUAAACGUGUCACACCGAUCGAACGUCCCCGCGAGUGGAAUUCUGCCCGUUGUGCCGCCGUUAACGAAUCCAAAACGUCGACCAUACGUCGUUCGCGUUGCCCUCGAAACGAACCCAUCGAUCGCCAAUCGCUUCAUAAUUUAUCCCCCGCGUAGGUCAAGUUCCGCGUGCACGAAGACCCGUCGCUGGUGGUGAAACCGUUCGACGACCGACAGGUGUGCACGGUUUUCAUUCGAACCGUCCCCAUCGAUUCCCAAUCGUUCGUGUCUCGCGACGGAGCACAUAAAAGUGUCCCUAAUGCAGUGACGUACGAAAACGACACGACGUGACCGGUGCGAAAAGGGUGGAGGUACGAAAGGGGUUGCUGUCGUGAGUCCGUGCAGCUUCGUUCUUGAUUCUUUUCCCCGUCAGCAUCUUCGCCGACGUUGCACAGUGAUCUGGAAAGCGAAGCAAGGCGCGUUCGCGCGAAACGACGCCAUCGAAUGGUCGCGAUAGAAGGUGCCCGGUCCGAUAGGGACGGAAACAUGUGAAGGAAAGGAAACGAUGAAGUGUGGUCGGGGUAAUCGUUGACGGGCGCCGGAGCCCACGACGACGUCGCGACGCGAUACUGUACGGAGUGCCUACGGUGACGCGGAUGAACGAGAAGCGGUCGUUUCUCGACCGCGGAAAUGAACGGUAGGCGACACAGUGCGUCGUGCUGGGGGGGUUGAAGACCACGUGACCGUAACAAAGUUUCGGGCGCAAGCAAGAAGCGGCACCGUUCGCGAAAAUAGGCGGCUCGGUGUUGCUUGAGAUGGACUCUGUGGCGGUGACGGUGCCGCUUCGUCAGCCGACGAAGAAAAUGAAGAAACGGAAGGAACUCGAUGCCCUAGCGCCCCCGCACAUUGUCUCCAGACGGAGUUCCGGGAAACGUAGCUCCCAAGAAUUACUAACCGAUAGCAGCGACGAACGAUCGGAAUACUGGAAUAUAUCGACUAGAAAUGGCCGCAAAUGCAGAGGCAGACGAAGUCGAGCUUGUCCCGGAUUUUUUAAAGCUUGUAGUGCCUUUCUGGCUUGUGCCUCUGUAUUAGCAACUGCUAGUUUAAUUUGGCUGUUCAUCGAUGUUCGUCAGCAACUCACUGCUCUCCGGACCGAGCUGGACCAAGCGAUCGCCGGCAACGAAGGUGUUUCAGAUUCCCUGCAAAAAUGCUACUCUGUGUCGAGAGACCUAAAGAACAACCAAACAAUUAUUUUCUCCCGUUUGUCAGAUUUCAAGCUUCAGAUCAGUAAUUUCACGACGCAGCUAGCCGUUAUCCAACGUGAUCUCCAUAGAGUCGAGGAGUGGUUUAAAGCUGACCCAGAAUUGGCCAACGUACCGACGAACAUGUUGAAAGCGCUCUCGAGUAGCGUGGUAUCGUUUGGCAGCCAAAUACAAGACUUGAGUGCCACGGUGAAGGCUCUGAAGGAGUCGAACGCGAGGGUCCAAGAUGCCCAGACCACUAUGCAGCAGAAUAUCAGCAGUAUCAAGAAUACCGUAUCGGAGUUGUCUGACGUCUCGCAGAAGCCCCAAACGGUGGCCACCAACGAGACGAAAAUAAAGACUGAUGAGCUGGACGCAGCGAUAUUACGUUUAACGAAUAAUCUGACGCGAAUCAAUGAGACGCUCUCGAGAGCGGUGCAAUGGGUCGCUGAGGAUCAGAAGAAAGACCAUGAAACGUUGGUGUUGCUUCAAGAGUCGUCGCAGAACGUUAGUAUGAAAGUGAUAUCUUUGCAGAGGGAGUGCGUGAAGACUACUGUGUUAACGUCUGUUAAAAAGUUGAACGACCAAGUGAGCGAGAUCCACGCGGUGAACGCGGAGCUGAACGAUAGGAUGAAGCAGCUGGAAAAGUCGUAUGGCAAUUUAAAGAAUUCCACGAGCGUGAUGCUGGCCGCGAUACCAGAGAUUCAGGGUCAGAAGUUGAACAAAGCGAAGGGUUUGGAAGAAUCGAUCGACGGAGACGUGACUACCGAACAGGAUCGCAGUGGAGUAGUCCCGGACGACGAGGUUUCUAUAAAAAACUCUUCGACGGAUAAACCGAAACGAUCGAGGACGACCCCGUAAUAUAUUUUAGGCGAUAUAUUGCAGAAAUACUCGGGCGAGGAACUCGCUUUAUUCUGAAAAGCAAGUCUGUCCCCGAAUACGAACACGUGUGUAUUUGUAAAUACUAUUGAAUUAAGUGUGUUUAAAUUCCAUGUAUAUAGAAAGGUUAAAUAUUGAUACCAUGGAUAGUGUCAUUCCGAUGCAUAGAAUAAUCAGCAAAACUUUAUUGCUCGAUCAUUUAUGCUGAAACGGGUGUUCCGCGUGGCCGAACACGACCAAGCUAUUUAUAACGAGCAAUAACGUAUACGUUUAAUCUAGUAUCGUCGAAAUCGAAUACCGUGUAUUUUGAAUCGUAUUUCGAGUAUCACGGAACGCCAAUCUUUAGAGGAUGCUGUAUGUAAUUACUUGAGUAUUUGAGAUAUACCAUCGAAAAGUACAAAGAGCGUUUACACUUGUUCUUGCGUUAA